CCGCUAUGGUAGUGAACCUGAGCCGCAUGUAUUCGCCGAUCAUGCUCAGCCAUGAGUGGCCGAAACUUGGCCGACUGCUCUUCACCCUUCUAUGCAGCGUGCUAGGCGUGUCUAUGAACGGAUUCUUCGUGGCUUCCUUCUUCGUUGAACCUGGCCUGAACAAGAUCGGAUAUGUGUUUAUGGCGUGCUUAGGCAUGUCGGACUUGGUCAUAUCCACGGCCGUGUUUCCGACGUCGGCGGUGGUACUGCUGUCCGGCGAAUGGGACACGGAUCCGGUGUGCUACGCGCUCCAGACUGUGACCGAGGCCGGAACGUACAGCUACAGUCUUUUCUUUAUGAUGACUGCGAUAGAGUCGUACUACAGACUCUGUAAAGCUACCUCCGACUACGAAUUCCUAAUCUCCAUGAGGAUCGGCCUCUUCACUGUCAUCCUCUUUACGAUCGCGUUCCUCACCGCCGCCGUCGGAGUCUUCAUGGAGCUGGACUACGACUACUGCCAUCGCAGCCACUCUGGCAACUUCAUCUUCAGGGUCACUACGUUCGUCAUCUUCUACGCUAUUCCGUUUCUCGUUAUUUUCUUCUGUCUCGCUAACAACGCCUGCAGAAUUAGAAACAAAGCUAGAAAACAUAACCAUUACAAACGUAGCCUACAGUAUGAAACUGAAACCACCACCAACAAUCUCAACAUUAGCGCAUAUUUCUUAUUUGUCGCAGCAUGGAUCCCAUACCUGAUCGUUGUCUACCUGUAUCCCGAGACUGUUGACUCGAAAUACUAUCAGAGCGUUUGGGUUGGCAUCUUCCGAUCUGUGUUCACGAGCUUUCUCUACGGAUCAAUAGACAGACAUUUCAGGCGUGCUUUCGCGCAUUUGUUCAAUUAUUGCUGCUGCAAGAGCACCCUUUCCGGGUCCUUCGCCGGCCGGCACAGGCGAGCUUUAGAAUGCAAGGCUGUAGGUGACGUGAGGGUGCACAUCAUGCACCAGGCUAUGAACGCCAACAGCCCUCAGCGAGGAGCGUCGUCGUCCCGCGAGACGCAGGAAUUAUGAUGCCUCUAAGCUAAUUUCGUCGACGGCUUGAGAGGGUGGUCAUCUUUCUACUUUGGAUAGGUUUUGACAAAUGUCGGGCUCUGGGAUCGACGUAAAAAGGCUUUAAUAUUUAACCAUGACCACCCUACACCAGGGCUUUACUAUACUCGCCUGAUUUUGUUGCAUUUUCUUUACGCAUUUAACUUUAAUGGGUAAUUGUAGAACAAAGUGAGAAACAUUAACGCAAGCAAGGGAUUUUUUAUAAAAAUGUACAUAUAAAAAACAGAAUAAAAAAAUAGAAUGGUAUACCCAUUGUAUUAACAUGUAA